AACGACAGUCGGAUCGCAUCACGCCUUGAGACAACGCGUGACGUCAGUGCCUAAGUGAACAUGGCGGCGCGGUGGUUCAGUGUGGUGUUGUUCCUCGGAAUUAUAGCGUUUUCUUUAUUAAAUUCGUCCAAUGCGCACAAAAAUGAUGUUGAUUAUGAAAGAUAUGUGGUUCACAAUGGAGACACAGAAGUGGUUGAUGAUUUGUCGUCAAUUCCUUUGGUGCGGUUAAGACGAGACGCAACUGACAGCGAUGGGGCUGAGCUUGAAGACAAGAUUAAUGACAUGGAGAAGGCGACGACUGACCCCACAAAAAUUCAAAAGGGCGAUAAAUUCCCCACUAAUACUGAUUUGAAGAAAAAAAAUACUUUCCCGAAGAAGGCCUCACCACCAGCCAAAUCUGCUACCACCACUACCACCACCACCACCACCACCACCUCCUUCUCCUCCUCCUCCUCCUCCUCCUCCACCACUACCACUUCUACCACAUCUACCACAACUACCAUGAGCCCCAGUACACUCCCCCCUGUAGAACUUGAGGCUGGCUCCUCUGGCACUACUGCUGCCCCACUUGGUUCGACUGUGGCCUCUGCUGCCACCGAUACAACCUCAAAAACAAGCGUGAGUGGUGUGAUCACCACCGGUUCACAGGCCAAUGAUAACGAGGAUGACAAUAGAAUGAAGGAGGAGCUGCCUAAAAAUAUGUCAGAAGAAAAAACAAAUGAAAAAUCUCAUAGCCCUAAAGAUCCAGAUGACAUGGCUAGUCAAGAUAAGGCCAUGGCAGAGGAAACCACAUUUAGUGAAAAUGACCCUGAUAGUGGGGACAACAGAGUCUCUCCGGUCGACGGGUUUAACACUAAAAAUACCACCGUUGACCACCACAGGUAUUACCAGUCCUUUACCUAUGCAGGCGUAGAAAGUGCGGGGCAUUACUGGGUUGACCUGAAUGCCUCGGAGAAUGUUGUUACAAAUGAGAUGCUUUCAACCUCACAUAGGAGAGCAGCAACUGUGACUCUGACCUUCGACUUCCCUUUUUAUGGCCACUUGCUACGGAAUAUCACGAUAGCCACUGGAGGUUUUCUUUUCACUGGUAACUUUGUUCACACGUGGCUGGCAGCAACACAGUAUAUUGCCCCUCUCAUGGCCAACUUCGACACCUCCUUGUCUAAGAAUGCCUAUGUCAAAUAUGCUGAUAAUGGAACGUCGUUUACUGUGCAGUGGAACAAUGUGCUGUUGAAAGACCAUAAGGAUGCUGGUACUUUCACCUUCCAGGUAACAUUACAUGAAACUGGUGAUAUUGUAUUUAUUUACAAAGAAAUUCCUCUCAUUGUUUCAUCAAUUGGAGAUGACCAGCACCCAGUGAAAGUUGGGUUGUCAGAUGCCUACAUAGUUGAUCGAACUAUUUUCUAUGUUCGCCGGAAGACCAUAUAUGAAUAUCACAAGAUUGACAUGAAGAAGAAUUCAGUUAUUGGCAAUUGGACAGCUAUUGUUUUUAAAGCCCUGCCAACAUGUGUGUCACUAAAUAGCUGCGAAAAGUGCCUUUCAACCAAGAUCAGCUUUGAUUGCCAGUGGUGCAAUAGAAUUGGGAGAUGUAGCAAUGGCUUGGACAGACACCGUCAGGAAUGGCUACAUAACAGCUGUGAGUCAACUAGCAUCCAGAACUCAUGGGAGUGUGCCAACCUGCCCCCAGUUCCUUCCUCAACUGAUAACCCAUACCAGACUGCAAGUCCCACUUCUGUCGACACCUUUGGCCACAACGCCAGGGUUGAACCUGCCAAUAGAGGCUCAGAUUCUUCCUCUGCCACUAACAACAAUGGAAGCAACAGCCCCAGCCAGCAGAAUGCCUCUGCCAACCUCCCAACUCCCACUUCCCCUCCUGUGCAUUCUAAUACAGUCAGCGCCAACACCAGCACUGGUAGUCUAGAGAACAACAGUGACACAGACACGGCCACUGGAGGCAAACACCACAAAAACCUGAACACAGCUGAUAAGGGGAACAAAAAUUCCACAAACUCCUCUUCCUAUAAUCCUCUGGUGCCCAAAUCUCCCUCAGACACUGUCAACACCUCCUACUCCCCCAAUGCCUUCCCAGGGUAUCCUUCUAUACCCUACCCAGGCUCCCAUUCUGCCCUGGAUGCCUCGGACAGCAGCAAAGGGAUAGUAACGGACGGAGAGCCUGAUACAUUAGCUCACACAUCUGGGAGAGAUGAGGAUGGAGGUUCAAGUGUAGGCGUCGUGGUUGGAGUUGUGUUCCUCAUGGCUUUGGUUCUUGGCAUUGGGGGAUGGAUAGCCUAUGCGUACUUCUUCCCGCAUUCUUCAUCAGGUCAGAUCCUCAUUCGGUAUCGACCCAGCACUUGGUCGUGGAAGAGGGGAGAGGCCCGAUACACAGCUGCAGCCAUUCACAGCAUCCACAUGUGAGGGGCAAGUCAGCAAUCACACAUGAACACUCAUCAGCAAGUUUGCAAGGGAAUUUGGAGACAGCUACAUAUGGGGUCCCAUGUGUGCUCCUUUGGAAGCUUUUGAUCUGCUUAUUACUCACUGACAUUAACUUGAAUGACAGUGGAAACUGAAAUUUACAGGAAUGUGUCCAGUCAGUUUAACAUGUUACUACCUCUUAAAUGGUAUAGGAGCAAUGUCUUUAAGUGUCAGUCUUUGUAUCUCAUUAAUUCACUCAUUUACUCCUGUUUUUCUGGUAAUGACAUUUUCUUCUCAUGUACUGCUAUUAGUUGGUGAUAUUUAUAGAAUGGUUCAAUUGAUGGUAAUGGGACUCUGUAUUUAUGAAUCUCGUAGUUGUUUAGGAGACGACUUUUUCUCAUUGUGAGGAUAUUUAUUUUUCCCACUUUUAUAUUUUCUUCUUUUUAAGAGUUUUCUUUUUGUUUAUUUUUAGGGUAAAUAGUUCUCAUGUUGUCAAUCUCAUAAGAGGUGUGGACCAUUCAAAAAUACUAGUAUCAUCUUCUAAGUUGAUUCAUAAAUUGUCAAGUCAUGAAUUUAGGUGUUUAUUUAGAGAUUCAAACUUUUUAAUAGGUUCUGGGGAAGUCAUUGGAAACAUCUCUGAAGACGACAGACAGGAAUGAUGGUCUAAAUUUAGUGUUGAAUGCACUUUUAACAAUAUUUUUUUUUUUUUUUUCCCUGUGGAAAUGCCAUUUUUCUUUUAUUAAUAAAUUUAUUAUUAUUGUUCUUAAUAUUGCUAUUAUUAUUAUUAUUAUUAUUAUUAUUAUUAUUAUUAUGUAUUUUUUUUUGUUAUUAUUAUUAUUUAUUUUUCUUCAUAACAUGUGUAUUUUGCUGUCUUCUUUUACUAUUAUGACUAUUCUCAUUUUAGUAUUAUUGCAUCAUUACUUGGGUAGAAAUUUCAAUGAUCCUUAGUUGGUAGACUUGAAAAACGUGAAAGAAAUCUCAUAUUUCUGUCUGUGGAAGUGCCUUACCUUGUAUACAAACUUGAUAGCUGUCUCAGUCAUGAUUGUGUGAGUUGAUGUGGUGGUGUUCUUAAGGUCACAUUCAUGUGAAGGGUGCCUUUUUUUUUCAUAAUAUUUUAUUCAUUUUGGAUGUUUUCAUAAUGAGAAAGUAAGACAUAAUAAGAAGACAAGAUUAAUGGCAUAGCAGCCCCUUACAGCUCAUGUUGAAGUAUAAGAAAUUUGCUGUUAUCUUUAAUGCAUAAUGUUUAUGUGGUGCUUUGUCUGAGCUUUUAGUAUAUAUUUUUGUUAAUUGACUUAUUAAUAUAUAUUUUGCAUGCAAUGCAGUGAUGAACAUGUCUUAGGAGUUGAGAUUACUCUUUGUGCCAGAUUUUAUUGAAACUCGUUGGAAUGUUUAACUAGUAAUCAAAAGCUUUCCUAUGGAGUGCCUUUUCUAGGGUAAGGAACGCAACUGAUUGCAUUAUUUGUUGAGUCGGCAUCCCUCGAUUCCAUUGUAAGCUGGAGUGGAAAGAAGAGCAAGGUGAUUAGAAUUUCUAUCUGUUGUGAGCUUAAGCUUGAAGGCUCUUGAGCCCUGGCUAAAUUGUUCAUAGUGAUCAUGAAUUUUGGAAAGCCAAGUUAAGGGUGAGGAAUGUUCAAGGUCACUUGCUCUGUUCUGUUCAUCUUUUAAGUGUUCUUUCUUUCUUUUUAUACAAAUGAUAUUUCUGGUAUCUGUCUCGAAAAGAGAAGUUUUAUUGGUAUAGAAGUUUCCAUCAUGAAAAAAGGUUGAAUGAACUCAGCUUUUAUUUUAUAAUUGCUGUAUGAUGCAUUAAGUUAUCAUACUAAAUUGA